AAUGUGCAUGGAGAUUACAGUAAAUAAAAGCUAUAGCUGUGAAGGUUUAGGACUGAGGAAGAUUCCUGAAAAACUACCUGUCACAACCGAGACCCUCGACUUCAGCUUCAACGUGCUCCCUUCCCUCCAGAAUUCAACCUUCUCUGAGCUGAAGUCUCUUCUCUACUUGGACUUAACAAGGUGUCAGAUCAACUGGGUGUACGAGGGCGCCUUUCACAGCAACAGGCAUCUGAAGACAAUCGUGCUGACUGGAAACCUGCUCAUGUUUCUGUCUGACACAGCGUUCACUGGCCCACAGUCCCUGAAGCAACUUGUCUUAACGCAGACGGGAAUAACCAGUAUGUCCUUUAUUCCAAUGACAAAUCUGGACAGCUUGGAUACCUUCAUCUUGGGCAGCAACCACAUCUCUUCACUGCAGCUUCCUCCCAACUUUCCUACUCAAAACCUCAAAUACCUUGACUUUCAGAUGAACAACAUCAGAGCAAUCACAGCAGAAGAUGUCCGCAUUCUGCAGAAGACCAGCAAUAUAACUCUCAUCUUUAAAGGCAAUGACAUUACAUACAUUGAACCUGGAGCUUUUCAGUCCCAUUUCUACAGUUUGGACUUUGGGGGCUGCACUGACAUCCCUGAGGUCUUGGCGGGGAUCCAGAACUCCACAGCCCAGACCCUUUGGCUGGGAACAUUUCACGGAGUGGAAAAGGAGCCCUACAUAAGCCCAAAUGUUUUACAAGGCCUCUGUAAUAUCUCUGUCAAGGAUCUCUAUCUGCAGCUACGGCACUUCGAAAACCUAAAUGCCGACACAUUUAAGUGCUUGACCAGGCUCCGAAAACUGGACCUAACUCAAACCCACAUCAGCGUAUUGCCCCCUGGCAUCAGCGGUAUGAGCUUGAUAGAGGAGUUAGUUCUCAAUGCGAACUCCUUCGGGCACCUCUGCAACAUCAGCUCUGCCUCCUUCCCCUCCCUCACCCGCCUCCACAUCAAGGGGAACUUGCAGAUCCUCCAGCUGGGCUCUGGUUGUUUGGAGAAACUGGCAAAGCUUCAACAUCUUGACUUAAGUAAGAGUCAUAUUGAAAGCUUUGACUGCUGUAACGAAGCACUGAGCGGUUUGAGCAGUCUUCGGUACCUGAAUCUGAGCCACAACAUAAAGCUCCAUCUCCAAGAUGUGCUCAUUAAGGAUGGUGCUAACCUGGAGCUGCUGGACCUAGCUUUCACUCCACUGCAUAUCAACACUUCACAGGGUCCUUUCCGAAAUUUGCAUCUCUUACAAGUGCUGAAUCUUUCCUCCUCCCACAUUAAUACUAGCAUUCAGCAUCUCUUUCAAGGCCUGGAAAACCUCAUGCUCUUGGACCUUAGUCAAAAUAACUUUGAGUCGGGGAUCAUGCCAAAGGACAAACUGUUCCAACAGCUAUCCAAUUUAGAGGUGCUAAUUUUAUCAUCCUGUGAACUGACAGCAAUAGGUGGCCAAGCAUUUUACAGCCUCAAGAAGUUACGGCAUGUUGAUCUGAGCCAGAACAAACUUACUGCAUUCAGCACAGAUGCAUUUUCAAACCUCAAGAGCAUCUAUCUCAAUUUUGCCCACAACAGGAUCCAUAUUGUACCACACGACAAGCUAGUGUCCUUAGCUGGCCACUGCGUAAUCAAUUUAAGUUACAACCCUCUGGACUGCACCUGCCCCAAUAUUGGUUUAAUCACCUGGUACAAGCAGAAUCUGGACAAAAUUGAAGACCCUGAAGGAACGAGAUGCUCUGAACCCAAAUGGCUAGCUGGGGCUCAGCUGGCCACUGUCUCACUCUCCUGUGGGAUCAACACAGCAGGAAUCAUUGCAGUUGUCCUGGCUAUUUUAUCCUGUGGUGCCAUCUUAAUUUGGGGUGCUCGUUAUUUCAAGCAAAAUUACCAGCAAAUAUAA